AUGAGCGCAAUCUCCAAGCUUCGGGACUUUUUCAAAUUCCUCGGCUCCGUCAAGGGCGACCUUUCUAAUAUCACCGCGCCUCCUUAUUUCCUCGCGCCGCACUCUGUGACCGAGAUCGGGACCUGCUGGGUGGAGCGGCCGUCCCUGUUUGCGGCGCCCGCCUUGGAGCCCGAUGCGGAGCUGCGCGCCCUCCUCGUCCUCAAAUGGAUCCUCGCCAGCCUCAAGCGCCAGCUCUACAUCGACGGCGGGCUAGGCCAGGGCAUCAAGAAGCCCCUCAACGCCUUCCUCGGCGAGAUCUUCAGGGCGGAAUGGUCCGACGGCAAGGCCACGGCCAAUCUCGUCGCAGAGCAGGUGUCCCACCACCCGCCCAUCACGGCCGUCUACAUGUGGGACGACGAGCACGGCAUCCGCGGCGAGGGCUACGCUCGCGUCGAGAUGACCUUUUCCGGCAGCGUCGACAUCCGGCAGACGGGCCACGCCAUGCUCCACAUCGACCGCUACGACGAGGACCAUCUCAUCUUCCUGCCCAGUUGCAAAGUCAGCGGUUUCAUGUCGGGGGCGCUAUUCCCCGAGCUGAGCGGGACCUACCACAUCGUUUCGUCGUCGGGUUUCGUGUCUGAGAUUGUCUUCUCGGGCACGUCGCUGCUGGGGACGGGCCAGCGGAACGCCGUCAAGGCCACCUUGUACCGGCGCAACGACCCGUCCAAGGCUCCGCUGUACGUCAUCGCGGGCUGCUGGAGCGACCGUCUGACAAUCUUUAAGGGCAGCACUACCAAGGGAGAGGUUGUGGAGGUCUGGGACCCGGCGCGGCCCGAAAACGGAGCGUCGGAAGCGCGCGUUGAGCCCCUCGAGAGCCAGGACUGCUGGGAAUCGAGAAAGGCCUGGCAGGGUGUCAUUGCGGCGCUCCGGCGCGGUGACUUUGGCGACACGGUGACGGAGAAAUCCAAGGUGGAGAAGGCGCAGCGGCUGAUGCGGGCGGCCGAGAAAGAGGAGGGGACGACAUGGCAACCACUACUGUUUGCUCCCUUGUCAGGGCCCUAUGAAGUCUUUGAGCGGCUCGGUUCUGCCGUGGGAUGGCGUCUGCAGGCCGACAAGACCAAGGGGGUUUGGAAGGUGGACCGUGGAGAGGUGAAGACGCUCCGCCGCCCGUUCCGUCCUGGCUUGACUCCCCUAGGUCGAGAAACCACGGAGACGGCAAAGGGUUGA